CGUCCUAUUGUCAUUGCUCGGCCGAACGGGGCCAGUUCAAAUUGAAUUUGCAAACCGAGGUUGAGCGCUCAUGAAAUAGAGUUGUUAGUCAGUUGGAAUUUUGCAUUUGCGGAGUCGACACUGGAAAGAAGAGCAACAUGAGCGGCGGCAUUGACCUCGAUCUCUGUUAUUCGGUCGUAUUGGAACUUGUCAAAACUGCCGAAGAGCUCAUUAGGAAUGGAAUAAAUUCCGCAAAGGAGGUACAGCACAAGAGCUGCGAGGUUGACCUUGUGACAGAAACGGACCAGCAAGUGGAAAAACUGCUCAUAUCAGGGUUGCGAGCAAAGUUUCCUGACCACAAGUUCAUAGGAGAAGAAUCGACAGCCGACGGCCAGAAGAAUGAACUGACCGACGCGCCAACCUGGAUCAUUGACCCUGUCGACGGCACCAUGAAUUUUGUGCACUCUUUUCCUCACGUCUGCAUUUCCAUCGCCCUUCUCGUCAACAAAGUUCCCGAGAUCGGAAUCAUCACCAAUCCGGUUCUGGGCCAAUUUUUCGAAGCUCGGAAGGGUCAGGGCGCCCUUCUUAAUGGAAAAAAGAUCCAGGUCUCGGCGGUCAAAGACCUAUCCAAAGCACUGUUGAGCUACGAGGUCGGAACAAGCAGAGACCCGGAAAAAAUGAAGGUCGUCUUGAAAAAUGUCAACACCCUCGUCCCUUUGGCUCACGGGAUUCGCUGCCUCGGGUCCGCAGCCUUGAACAUGGCAAUGGUCGCCAUGGGUGCGUCCGACUCGUACAUUGAGUUCGGCAUCCACGCUUGGGACAUUGCUGCCGGGGACUUGAUUGUUCGGGAGGCCGGUGGAGUGGUCAUUGACCCUGCUGGAGGCGAAUUUGACGUGAUGAGUCGACGCUGUCUGUGCGCCAGUUCGAUUGAGCUGGCCAAGGAGAUUGUGACCCACAUUGAACAAUACUACCCAGGACGAGACUAAUUAACUCAACCAAAGAACAAUCAAAAUUAUUCCAUAUGUUAAUUUCAGUUUAAAUUAUCUAGUCUUAGGAAAUGCAGAGAUAUAUUUUAAAGUUGAUUAAUUCAGUGACCUGCAUUUCACUUGUUGAUGUGAAAAUAAAAUAUUAUUUUA